AUGAAGGGCUCCGAAGAAUUUCCCUGUGUCUCGGCGGCACAAUCCGACACUGACCGGGACGCUCCCCAUUUUAUGGAUGUGUAUUUCGUAAGAUUUUAUGGGCCGAUAUUGGCUCAUUACCACAAGUCAUCUUCGCCCUUCUCCCCAAAGAACACCAACAAUGUGCCAAUUAACAACCACCAACACCCACCAUCCCCUUUAAGAAGCAUAGAAAAUAUCAACACAAGAUUAUUAUGUACGCUAUGUCGAAAAAAUGGAGAACCGCCCGAAGUUUUUUUUUCGCAUUGUCUGAGGUCUGUGGACGGGAAAAUUAUGUGUCCUGUUUUAAGGAAACAUAUUUGUGAUUUGUGUGGGGCCACUGGAGAUUACGCACACACGAGGUCCCACUGCCCCCAGUUUAAUUCCGAAAAUGUGCGACCGACACCAAAGUACAGGAUUUUGUCGAACGGGAAGGCCACAAGAAUUAUUAAUCAUAAAUAA